AUGUCCCAACCGACUCUUCACCCACCCGAUUUCACCACCUACCACGACCAAUCCCAAUCGCCGCUAUUUUCAACCCUCCCACCAGAGAUUCGCACCGAGAUAUUUAAAUAUACUCUCAGCCCAAUUGAAGACAAGACCAAGCUCUAUGCAAAAGAGACAUAUUGGGCCCGACCAGGCUACAGCGCCCCACAUAAGACAUACACCGAGCUGCUGCGCACAUGUAAACUCGUCUACGCCGAAAGCUGGUUCAUGCCCUUUGCACUGGCCGAGCAUUCGUUCUAUAUUGUCGCCCGCGAUCGAGCGCCUAGUACGCGGGCUAACUGGCGGUGGGAGAAGGAACAGAUGGAGGGAUGGUUGAAAGUUCUGAAUGAUAUUCAUAGAGAGGGUCAGGACCAGGGCCAAGGCCAUGACGGGAGAAAAGUGGAAGUGGGCGACGUGCGUGUGUUUGCUCAAUUGUACCUCCUCGAACCGGGCAUGCUGCUGCAGAGCGUCCUCGAUACAGAACAUCUACUCCCAAAACGGGUCCAUCUUACGCUCCGGUACACGGACUUCUGGUAUUGGGAACAUAAUCGGCCGCUGUAUAUCGGCGGGAAGUGGGUAAGGAGGGUUCGGUUCCCGGAGAGCGUGAAGGCGUUCGCGGUUGACUUCGAGAGCCUGGAGCGGAGGAAAGGUGAGGUCGACAUUCUGGUUUCGCAAGCGGUUGAGAAGUGGGUGUUCAGACGAAAAGACGGGCGAACUCUCGCAGCUAAGUCAGCGGAGUUGGCCACGACAAAAUGGACUGGGAGUUCGAUGUUUGGAGGGGAACGGUGGAUUCGCGAUGAAGUGAGGCCUGGAGAGCUAGAUUAUUAUGUUGUUACGGCGACGUGGAAACUGCAGCCUCCGUCUGCCGCGGAUUCUGCGAGCGAAGAGGAGAAGAAUGACAUGACUGUACGGGUUCCGGAUGGUUACCGCCAGCUGCCCCCUUCAUUCACCGGCCAAAUUAGCAUCAGCCGGGGAGAGAUGGAAAGAGCGCGCGUGGAGAUGGACACGCCGGCUGAGCAGGCCGUAAAUGCGAUCAUGGAGGCUAUGGAGGAGUAG